UAUGACUGAAGGUCGGAUUUUUGAAAUCUUACUAGAAAAUAAUAAAAAUGAGGAUUACACUUACGAUUAUCCAAAACUACAAACAGAAGCUACAAAUAUUGCAGCAGAGAAGUUCACGGAAAUAAUAUACGAGACUCUAAAGCAAAAAUCCACUGCAAGUCAAUUAAAGAGAGCCAACAUUUUGAAAUAUAUACACACGACAUGUAGAGUAAAGCAGUGCCAUUUAGACGAAAACAGUUAUGAAUGCUUUUUAAGAAUACUGAGAAAGUCGCUAGAUUCUAACGAACCUGAAGACGUUUCGCAAUUAAUGAGAGAUGUCAAUUAUGAAUUGGAAAAUGAUGUGCCUACUGACUUAGCAGACAAAGUGGUAGAUUUUUAUAAGAGGAAAGAUUACAAGCAGAAAGAAAGAAUUAAAAAGUUAGAAUUUAUCAAUAAAAUGAGCCAGGAAAAGUUAGAUAUGAAACUCAAUAUGCAAAUAAGGAGGAAUUUUUCAUAUUAUGAAACCAGUGAGAACGUAAUAAGAAAUUUAAUUGGUCGAUCACAACCUUUGGAAAAUAAAUCGUCGAUGCUUCAAACUCACACUGUAGAAUACAGAGAGAAGCAAAUAAAAUUUUGUUAUGCCUUACUUAACUUAAGAAACAGUGAUUUGUGCCUUAUAGAUACAAUUUUGCAUAGGCUUUCCACGUAUAAAAAGUUGGAGGAAUUUGAAAUAAAUUUUUUACUCUACCUGUGGUCUACAGAAGGUGAAAUCUUGAAUUUCGCCUCUCUUGUACCAGAGAAAUUCCCAUUGGUUUUGGAAAGGCUGAUAUUGAAAUAUGCCACGGAAAUUCUGCAGCUCAAAGAAGAUAGUGAUGUUUAUCAGUAUUUUACGGACUUGAAGGACAAUAAAAAAUUAGCAAAAGUAAGGAAAGCAUGUGCUGAAAAUGUCGUCCUCAAUAAAACUAUGAAAAGUCUAAUAUACGAGCUAUAUUGCUACAGUUCUUGCAAUAAAAAUGUAUUAAAUUAUUAA